AUGAUGAAUGUCAACGAACCUAGCCAUGGGGAACGCGGUUACAUACCUAUCGCCGACCAUGGCCUUAUUGGUAACUUGAGGACUGCUGCCCUGGUCAGCAUAGACGGUUCCAUUGAAAGCUACUGCAUCCCGAAUUUCGACUCCCCUUCUGUAUUCGCUCGAAUCCUCGACAAGGACAAGGGCGGUCAUUUCUCUAUUACGCCUACUGUACCAUUUACAACAAAGCAGAGCUAUCUCCCGAGCUCUAAUGUGCUUCAAACCAAAUUUCUCAAUGAGCAAGGUGUUGCGACUGUAACAGAUUUCCUCCCUCGCCAAUCACGUGGUGCAACUACAAGGCCGCUCCUACCGUGGCUCAUUCGGCGUGUAGAGGUCAUUCGCGGGACCUUCCCGCUCCGCAUUGAAUGCGCUCCCGCGUUCAACUAUGCACGCUCCAAGCACGCGACCGAGCUCGUGCAAGACACCUCGGUAGUCUCACCCUCUUCAGAUCACACAAAGGUGCUCUUCAAGUCCGAGGAGGGGCUCUCGCUCGACCUUCGCUACAUCGCCGAGUCUGCGCUGGACCACAUCGCGGUGCCUAAUGUGCGCCUCGAGCUGCUCGACCUUACGAAGAAAGGCCAUCUCGGGCUGAGUGCGAGCUGCGACUUGGUGCUGCGCGAAGGCCAGGUAGUGACGUUCGUGCUGCGCACACCUCCAGACUGCGAGCUGCCUGAGGUAGCACGUCCGAGUGAGGAGCGAGCACAGAGGAUGGGAGUGCCGUACGAGAAAUUGCUUAUGAGCGCUUCACAUCUGCGCCUCCCAGAAGAUCCUUUGUUGACAAAGCUACUGUUACAUGAUCUCCUCGAGACCACCAAUUUGUACUGGAAUAGCUGGAUCCGACGCUCGACCUACCAGGGAUCGUGGAAGGAGGCGGUCAACCGCAGCGCACUCGCGCUAAAGCUGCUCAUCUACGAGCCCACUGGUGCUGUUGUUGCAAGCCCGACGUUCAGUCUCCCAGAGUACAUCGGUGGAACGAGAAAUUGGGACUAUCGUGCCUCGUGGAUCCGCGACGCGUCCUUCACGCUGUACGCGCUCAUCCGACUCGGCUUCACGCACGAGGCGAACGCGUACAUGGACUUUAUCUUUGAUCGCGUCCGCGAUAAGAACCCGGACGGCUCGUUGAACAUCAUGUAUACUAUCCAUGGAAAUAAAGAGUUCCCGGAACUCGAGCUGACGCACCUUGACGGACAUAAAGGCUCGAAGCCUGUGCGGAUUGGGAACGGCGCGAUUGACCAUGUCCAGCUGGACAUUUACGGGGAGCUGAUGGAUUGUAUCUAUCUGUCGCAAAAGUAUGGAAGACCACUGUCGUAUGAUACAUGGGUAUCCGUCCGAGAAAUCGUCGACUUCGUCAUCGCGAACAUGAACAAGCCGGAUUUGUCCAUCUGGGAAGUCCGCGAUCGGCAUCGCCACUUCACGUAUUCGAAGGUCAUGUUGUGGGUUGCUAUAGAUCGCGGGCUCCGUCUGGCGGACAAACGCUCGCUUCCGUGCCCACGGCGCAAUGAGUGGUAUGUGGCGCGCGAUACGUUGUACGAGGAGAUCAUGCAGAAGGCGUGGAAUCCGGAUAAGCAAUUCUUCGGGCAGAGCUACGAGGACCCGGACAUCCUCGACUCGUCGCUCAUGAUCAUGCCGCUCGUCUUCUUCUCUACGCCGGCCGAUCCGCGCUUCCUGAGCACCCUGAAGCAGAUUCUAAGGAGCCCGGAGCAGGGUGGGCUGACGUCAAAUGGCCUGGUCUUCCGGUACGACGUGGCGAAGACGGAUGAUGGCGUCGGCGGAGAGGAGGGCACGUUCUGCCUAUGCACGCUGUGGUCCAUCGAAGCGCUGGCUCGCGCGGGCGAGUUCGACAAGACGAUGCUGACGAAGGCUGUGACGAUGUUCGAGGACUUUUUGCAAUAUAUGAACCACGUCGGGCUGUGCACGGAGGAGAUCUCCGACGCGGGCGAGGGGCUGGGUAAUGCGGUCCAAGGAUUCACCCACGUCACGCUCAUAUCUGCUGCAUACAACCUCUCGCGCAUGCAAUUGAAAAUGAAGAGCUGA